AUGAAGAAACAGCGAUUUACAGCUCAAACUAGUUACCGUGGGCUUCAGGAAGCUAUCGAAGCUUUGUUACAGGAUAGCGAAGAUGACGAAUGUACCUUGGCUAUCAUACCGCCUGAUCCAAGUGCAUUGACUGAUGAAGAGGAGGGUGCUGACGAGGAUAUGGCGGCAUGUACCAUACCGCAAGACGUACCUGGUACUAUUGAGGUAAGUCGAGAGGAUAAUGGUAGCGAGGAUUCUAUGCACAGUGACAGUGAUGAUGAACCACUUGCGUCAAAAAAAAGACGACUUGAUGCUACCCGCCAAUCUUCUUCGAUUUUGAACCCAAUCUGGCGCAAAUGUACCCCUUCAUAUUCUUUGACUUUACAGAGUUCAACAGAAGUCUCUGAUAAGAAAAGUGCUAUUAGGGAAGAACUAGAGGGCCUCAACCCUGUACAAAUAUUUGAAAAGAUGAUGGACAAUGAUAUUAUCGAUAUGAUCAUUUCUAAUAGCAAACUAUACGCUAACCAAAACAAUAGACACGAGUUUCAACUAGAUUUCACUGAUGUUAAAAAGUUUUUUGGGAUUUUGAUAUUAUCUGGCUACCACAAGCUACCUCGAGAACCAAUGUACUGGUCAUUAGAUGAUGACAUAGGUGUAGAAUUAGUCAGCAAAGCCAUGUCAAGGCGUAGGUUUCGUGAUAUAAAAAGAAACCUUCAUCUUGUAGAUAACGACGCAGCAGCUACAUCAAACGACAAAAUGUUCAAAAUAAGACCUUUGGUAGAUAAACUUAUGCAGAAGUUCUUGCAGUGGGGAGUGUUUCAUGAUCGUAUCUCUAUCGAUGAAUCAAUGGUGAAAUAUUAUGGCCACCAUCCCGCCAAACAGUUUAUUCGUGGGAAACCAGUUCGUUUUGGAUACAAAAAUUGGGUAGCAGCUAGCUCGACCGGAUAUUGUUACUCAUUUGAUUUUUACUGUGGAAAAUCGCAAUCGCCAACUUCUGAUCCUUUGGGUUCUCGCGUAGUCAAAACUUAG